AUGAUGCACCUAACACAAUCGGGUGAUCAUCUUAUCAGCCUACCGGAACAGGCCAGCUGGUCGCAAAUUGGAUUGGCGACUUGGAAUGCGAAUCUGUUGCAGAAAUCCACUCGUGGUUUGUGGACAUUGGAUAGCGGACGGAACAGUGCCAUUCGACCAAGAUCGACCGAUCCGGCUAUCCACACAUUUGCAUGGCGUAAAGUCCCGAACCGGGUGGCUUCCGCACGUCAGUUUGAAUCGGAUGAUUGUUUCACUCAGGAUGGGGAUGAAACAUACGGCCCAGAGUCGCCUUCCAUUGAAUGUCCCCUGCAGUUGGUCACGUGGUCUGUGGAUCAUCAAUUACGGUUUUAUCCGGUCCAAAGGUCCUUGACCAAUACGAACAGAGAACCGUUGUCCCGGGCUCCCUCUCUCAGUACCACUAGUAAACACAUACGACAAGGUUCGGGGGUCGUAGAACUCACUGGUCCGAUGCCAUGUGCUUCCGGGUCGGUGCUGGCUGCGACGACAUCAACCAACGCCAACAUAACAAGCACUUGCCCUAGGCCCAUGACGACGUCGACGUCAUCUUCAUCGGCUACGACAACAACAACGACGACUGCAGCCAUUACUACUCCGGUGAUGGAACCUCGCCCACACGCAAUCCGUCGGUUGCAAAGUAGCACUGGUGCAAGCACGAAAUACAAGUCCGGCGAUACACCUGCCUCGUCUGUGCGUGGUGAGGACACACAUUCUCGCCCCGGGAUCAGCAAGUGGUCCUCAUCCGGACUCAUGGGUCUUACCAACGAAUCUCGAGAUCGCAGUAAAACGAUCAAACACGCUGUGGAAUACGAUAUACCCUAUUACGACAUGCAACAAUAUACUGCGUCUUUAGAGCGUCUGAAAUGCCAAAAAGAGGCUGAAAAAUAUGUGGGACCCCCUUAUGCGGAUGCGAUUUCUCAUUGA